AUGUCACAUGGCAUUACUUCAGAAUUUCCUUUUCAAGGAGAACAUUACAUUAUUAUAUAAAGAAAACAUGCAAUGAGAUAUGCUUCACGAUAGUUAGCGACUCUCUAGGGUUUGCUGUCCUGAUUUGGCUCUAUAACUACUAACUAGGGAACUCCGGAGAUUUGAGAACCAGAGUUUCAUUAUGGUUCAACGCAAGAAGAAAGUUAACUGGUCGGAGCUCUGUUCGGAGUUGGUUCGAUGUGUUUUCGAACGAUUGAAUUUCACAAAUCUGAAACGAGGAAGAUCAGUCUGUUCUUCGUGGCGCACUGCUUUGAGACGCUGCGUCCCAAAACGCAAUCAGAUUCCAUGGCUGAUUCUCUUCCCUCAAAACGACAAUAACAACGAAAACAACAGCAGUAGCUGUGUGUUGUUCGUUCCAGACGACAGAGACAAAACCUACAAAACCAGAGAUCUCGGUGAUGACUUUGUUAAGAGUAGCUGUGUUGCGACUUAUGGAAGCUGGCUCCUGAUGUCCUACACUCGUUGGAAUCUCUAUAUUUUGAAUCCCUUGACCGGUGAGAGGAUUGAUUUACCAACUACGGAUUACGCUCUAUACCAACGACCCGGAGACCUAGUAGCUUGUCUUUGGAUAGACGAUAGAACCAAAGAUUACUUAGUUGUGUGUGUAAUGGACUGCCCUAUCUUUACCAAGAAUGGGAACCACUCGUGGCGACGUUUUGGGGAAGGGGGCUACAAACAAAUGGUAUACGAACACACAUCCCAAAAGCUCUACGCUCGUCGUUACAACAGCUAUCCUGUCAAGGUUUGGUCUUUCUCUGGAGAGGAACCACAACAAGUCUUUGAAGAAAAUAAUUAUCCUCCGGUUGAGUAUGCCUUUUGGGAUUUCCUCAGCACAGGCGACGAAGAGUUGUAUCUGAAAGAAGAAGAGUUGUAUCUGAAAGAGUAUGUUGACAGCAGGCUAUACAUUGCAGUUAGUACAGUCUCUAGACAAGUUUUGAAGGUAGUUAACGUGUUGCAGAAGUCCAAACGAUGGCUCUUUCUCGUCUACAAGAUGCACCCAGUUGAGCUUACUUGGGAAGUAGUCGACUCUCUGGGCGAUGAGGCGUUGAUAAUAGACAUGGGUAUCACUGUUGUAGCCAAAGACGUUCCAGAGAUCAAGAGGAACUCAAUCUACUUCAGUGGCCUCGAUGAUGGAAGAAAGAAUCCUGACCAUAUAUUUGUGUUUGAUCUCACCACCCGCGAGAUUGAGACCUUGCCUCGAUGUGUUUUCUCCUCCAUUCGUUUCUCCGAUGCUCGUUGGUUCUUCCCGGGUCUCUAGACGUUUAAGUCUAACUGAAGCAACUGGCUUCCUCAUGUCUAGUUUAUUUUUGCUUCUAAAUAUAGAAAGGUGAUUCACUGUGUCAUGCCAGAGUCUUUGUUGUUGAGAGUGUUGUUAGUCUCACAAUUCUAUGCAAUCAUAACUAUCAACUUAAA